AAUUAGUUCCGUUCCGAAAUCCGAAUUCCGUUGUUGUUUAGGCAUUUUGUGAAAAAGUAAAAAAUUGAAACUGAAACAGCAUGUCUGAGGUCAACAACAGUGAACCUGUUAAUGAAAGCUAUUCUUUUAAAUGGGGCGAUUACCAGAAUCAUUUAUCUGGAGUUGUUCGCCAGCUCCUCGAAGAGGAUUGCAUGGUGGAUGUUACAUUGUCUGCAGCUGGGGAACGCAUUCACGCUCAUCGCAUUGUUCUUAGCGCUUGCAGCACUUUAUUCAAAGAACUUCUCAGUCAUGUGACGGACGAUCACCCAACAAUAAUUUUAAGCGGCGUAUCUGCUGAAGAUGUCAGAGCAAUUGUUGAAUUCACAUAUCAAGGAGAAGCUCACGUUCCUGAAGAAAACAUAAGAAAUCUUUUGGAAGCAGCUCGUUUUCUAAAAAUUACUGGUUUGAUGGAGUAUGAUGUUAACGAGUCGAGCGUAAAAUCUAGAGAUUCAAGUGAAGAAAACGCUGAUUCUUUCACAGAAUUAAACGAAAUGGAAGAAGAAGUAUUUGACGUUUUAGAACAACCUUACGAUGACACGAACGAACAGUCGGAACAGAGUGCAACAGAGGAAAGAUCAGGAGUGAAAAAAAGAAAGCGACGAUUUCCCAUGAAAAGGGAAUACAGCGAAGAUAUGCUAGCCGCCGCUAUUAACAAUUUACGUGAGGGACAGACUUUAAUCGAAGCUUCUACCAAAAAUAAUAUCCCUCGUUCCACUUUGUAUAUGCGAGCGAAAGCAUUGGGCAUUCAGUUGAAUGCUUCUAGAAAUGAAUAUCCAGCCGAGUGUAUGAGGGCAGCUAUAAAUUCUGUCAUUGGUGGAUCGAGUUUACAGCAAGCAUCAGAAAUGUUUGGUAUUCCAAAAACUGUCCUCUGGCGACGAAUGCAAAAAGAAGGCUACCAUAUUUUUCGUUCGGAAAUGAAAAGAAGUUACGGCUCUGAUAAAAGAGAAGCUGCUGUGGAAGCUUUGCAACGCGGAGAAAAUCUCACGAAAGUUGCACAACAAUAUCAAAUACCAAAGACAACUCUGUUUAGAGACAAGGCUCGUCUAGUCGACGAAGGCAAAUUGCCUACAUCUUUCUGGAAAAAAAGGAAAACUGAAAACGAAUCGAUUAAAAAAUUCCGGCUAGAAGAAGCUGUUGCUGCCUGUAAAAGUGGAAAAAUGUCGCAAGCAGCGGCUUCCGUAUUAUAUCAUAUUCCAAAAACUACGAUAUGGAGACGUUUGCAGCAGCAUAAUUCAAAAAUUAAAUCAAAAACAGAUUCUGCGGAUCCUCUUUCGAGUGUGCAAAAUAAUAUCGAAGGCGAUGCCCAAUUUACAUACUGCGAGGUCGCUUCAGAAAUCCCAGUGACUUACACAAUUGAAGAUAAUGGCAUCUCCGGAGAGCAGCAAGUUAUAGUUUUCACGCCGGAAGAGGUCGAAGAACUCAAUUUGGACGCUCGUACACAAAUCAUCAUAAGUUCGGAUUCAAAUCAAGAAUUUGUGACCAACUCCAUGGCCGUCGAAGAUGAUACUAAUUACAGUUCGAAUAAAAGUUAACGAUUUCUCAGAAGAAAGUAGUGAUUAGGUAAUUUGUUGAGGUUGUGAUUUAAAAUACGAAGUUUAUUAUAUUUAAAUUAUUCCGGGGAUUUGCAUUAUUAAAUAUAUUGUGAAUUUUUAGUUGACCCGUAUUUUUUUUUUAUUAUAGUUAGUAUGAAUUAUACUACAUUUUAAAAGUAUUAAUUUAUAAAUUAGAAACGACUGAUGUUAAUAAACAAUAAAUUCUAACGCCCAUAUUGUUCGUCAGGUUGCGAUAUUUUUGUUCUUACUGUCCAGAUGGUAUUUUCUUUUUUUUUUAAGCGGGACGAAUUUAGGCUAAAUUAGAUAAAUUAGGUAAAUAAAA